AUGAGCACGCAUGUUCCAGAGGCCAUGCCUCCAAAGAUCGCCAGCUCCUCGAUGGGCAUGCCACAUGCGCAUGCCUCUCGAUCCACAGCAUUGCCUAUCCCGAGCUCACGAGAGCUCCGAGAUAUCUACUCUACCACGACCCCGACCUACGCCAGGAGGCCGCACGAGCCCAGGUCGGCCGCAAAUUUCAACGGGAAUCUGGCCCGACGAAGCCACCUUUCAUCGCCAACAACGAACAGCUCUCAGCUUUUCUCCCCAAGCAGGAUGGAGCAAAGCUACGUCGGCAAGAACCUCUCGGUACCCGAGCUUGACCCGCUCGUGAAGUUUGGGAGUCUUUGCUACAUGGAUGGGACGCCCAAAGGAACGCCGAUCAAUUUUGACAUUAUUGGCGUUAUUGAUAAGGGCUUCUUCCUUGCCGACGGUGAAUGGACUUGCUACAGGCGCAACUACUUCUCAUGUAACUGUGCCUAUACAAUGAGUCCUCCUCCACCCCAGAAUGCCUGGGCCACCACCAUUCCUAUUCAGCUCACUCAAGAGAGCACGGGGCAGACUUUUACUGUUUGUGGGUUUGCAAUGAGCAUCUCGGCCGUCGUAGCCGAAAGCGAAAGUCAGCCGAUCGAGCUUGUGCAGCAUACGCCAAAAAGAGACAAGGGGCCGACCUCGGCGCCGGACAAGAUUCGCCUGGCACCCAAGCCAACUCAAACACACCAUCAUCACCACCAUCCUCAGCUUGGAUUGUUCCAUACGAUGCCUGGAGAUGUCUCGAGGGCUCAUUACGACUCGAGUGGAUAUGGUCAGCAGCAGCAUGCCCCUCCCACGGCCGUUGAGCACACGUUCGAGCGGAUUCAGUUCAAACAAGCAACUGCAAACAACGGCAAACGGCGUGCUCAGCAGCAAUACUAUCACCUUAUAAUUGAGCUCUGGGCCGACGUCGGUGGCAAUCCGAACGAGCAAUGGGUCAAAGUUGCCCAAAAGAAGUCAGCCAAGAUGAUUGUGCGUGGGCGGUCGCCGGGUCACUAUCAAUCGGAGAGGAGAGGCAGCAACACCAGUGGUGGAAACGCAGGUGCUGGGCUUGGAUAUGGGGGUGGCGGGAUUAUGGGGACGUCUGAUUUCCCCUCUGGCGGAGCCGGGAUGCUUUCAUCGAACUUCACCGGUCACGCAGCAUACGACACGCGAGGCGGCAGCCAGUAUUCACACAAUCGACACGGCUCUCAGGACGCGGGCGUCGACUCUAUCUUGUCAGAAGACUCCAAGCCAAUCCAUGAUUCCAAGGACUAUCAGUACUAUCCGGCAGCCAUCUAUGAACACGGUGCUCAAGUGGAAAUGUUUCAACACCCUAGUCGGGACCAACAGCAUGCCAGCAACAGCAGUGACGCUCAUGGAUCUGAUCAAAUUUCCAGGUCAGUGAAACAUGAGUAUGAGGGCAGCUUGCCGAGAAUUUUUUCUCCUGGAGCUUCUUGGCACAGCAGCUCCGGACAAUGUGGGCGCUACGACAGCAAGCACACAUCGAAUGGUUUUUACCCCGUGUCUGGCGCAUCUGGUCUCAACCUUACAUGA